UAUCCUACCUCAGUACCAGGUAGUCAACUUCGUUGUUUCAUCUUCCUUCAACGAGGUCAUUUCCUCUGCCUCGUUAACUAUUACCAAUCCGAAAUCUUCAAACAGCUCAUCAGCUAUCAUACAUUGUCUAAAUACCCUGCAGGCAACGUUGGGUUGCUCUAUCCGAUUGCUUGACUUCCGUGGAUUACUCCCGAAAGUCUUUAAGCUCCCUCCUACCUAACUACUUGCAGACCUGAAUCCGUGCAGUAGCAUCCGAAAGAAACGGUGGCCCAGUACAGUUAAUGGCCUCGAAAUAAUAAUCAGCCCGUAACACCCUCCUAAUUUCAUGGAGGCCGUCGUCGAUCCUAGACUUGUCAAGCCGACUAUCUCGCAUCCCAUCGACCCUCGACAAACCUCUAUCAAGCAUGAGCUUGUAAUAAUACAGAAACAAGCUCCUCUAUCGCCCGACAUGCCUCGCCGAAAAGUCCCCAUUACCUUGACGUACCAAAAGAAUGGAACUGGCCCUCCCGUUUAUGUAGCGGGAUCCUUUUCAAACCCGCCAUGGCAGCCGCAAGAGAUGGACGUUUCUAUCGACCAACACGGAAUCCAUAUAUUUACGAAAAAUAUUAUGGUUGACGAUGGCUCCGAAAUCCAAUACAAAUUCCGAAUAGGCUCAGGAGAUUGGUGGGUCUUGGAUGACAACUCGGACACAGCCGUCGACGAGAAUGGGAACACAAACAAUAUCCUUAGAGUUUCCAUCAACUCUAUCCAAGAGGCAGAGGCCGAUACCAAGGCGCUAAAUCGUGUCAACUUGUUGAAGGGGUUGCCUACCAACAGUGGUAGGCAAACCCCUAACAUCGCGAAGACCGCCGCGGAGGUGGCUGACACGGCACGUAUCGUAGAUCCUGGGACACCCGAGCCGGAGCUAUCAGAUGCUGAAGCAGGCAGAAUUGGCAUCCGGCGACUAUCACACACCCCGAUUAACGAAGUUGCUCAGACGGCUAUGGAAGUUUCCAAGACCGCCGCAACGUUGGAUGCGGAUGAUAGCUGGCACUCGGACGACGAGACCGACGCCGAAGACGGUGAGUGCCCUGUGUUUUCGCACGAAUUCAUGGGACAGGCAUCCGACGCCAAGAACCGACGGGAAAGCAAGACUGCGUCGGACUUCGACGAUUCAGCUAUCGAUGUAGAGAACGUGGAUUUCGACGAUCCUCAAUUGGAGACGUUCCCAUCCAACAAUCGCGAGUCCAUUUUGGCUGCGGUGCGACGUAUCUCAACUAGCGUAGACGCUGAUCGCACUGUUGUUGAGGGGAUUCCACCUUCACCUGUCGUUCCGCUAUCCCAGCAGCCAAGUUCUGCAGAAAAUCCACCAAAAGACCAACAAAAUCUGCUGCCCGACGAUGCCACAAAGCAAGCUGGUUUGGUUCAGUCUAGUACUAGAAAUUCUCUGGGCUCCAUAGCGGAAGACGACGAGUCCCACAACGACAACGCAGACGAGGAGCCGGAGGAAGAAAUGUCCCCAUUCGUUCAGCAUCCUGGACCCUCGUGGGGCGCUGGGUCGGAAUGUGCAGCUAGCGUAGAUUCCAACGACGAGGGCAUCGCUAUGAGCGUCGAAUCUAAGCGAAGGGCCAAAAAGUCCGAAGACUGCUCUCCCCUGGAUUCCGCCCCAGUAACCCCACCCAGUACCAAGGUCUUAGAGGUCGCGGAAUCGAACUCCAACGAAUAUGCACCCGCACCCGCGUCCGAAGACGACUCGAAUGCUCCGACCGGCGCUGAUGAUCCACAUGCUGCUGAAGAAGCUUCUAAGAACGGUCCCACUAAUGUAGUACGUGGUACACCCACUGACACUCAUGUGAGCGACAGCUCUAAUACAACGAGCAUAAGCGAGGGGGAAGCCAAAUCGACGUCUAUCGACCCUAAUAAUGAAACUGGUCUGCGAAAGCGAACGGCUAACGAGCCAAUCGUGUCUUCGGCACCUGCCCAGGAUACGGAUCGGACCCCAAACUGGCUUGACAUCUGUUUACGAUUCGCACUUGUGAGAUGGAUCGGAGGUUUCGCCGGGUGGCUAUACCGUCGUAGAAACAGGGCGCUCAUGGCUGCCGGCACGGCUGUUAUCGUCGUUGGCGUCGGCUUGUUAUGGCAAAACCCCAUCAGCUUGUAAGGGACAUAUGGACAUAAAAAACGUGGCGAGGCUGGCGGAGAUCGUUCGAGAUAGGCUGCUUAAUAUUGGAUCUCCCUUCCUAACACCUAUAGUCUUAUCAACGGCCUCCGAAGGUAUAUCGGAUUAGAGCUUGGGUCGGCCCGUUGUGUAUAUUUUUACCUAGGUAUCUAAUAUGAAAAUGGUGUGAAGCGGUGUGCUGAGUGUCGUAAAUGAUGAUCUGGUGGUUGCAUAACACAUGUUUGCUAUGUCGGUCCGAGGUUAUUCUCACAUACUCAAUCCAUAAUUAUCUAUCCAUUGUUUAAGUGCUUGCACAAAUAGAAAAGCUGAAGUUGGC